GUUGUGUGCAGCUUUCCGGAGAUCGGCAGGGCUCUUAUUCUGACAGGGCCUUCUGCCUGCUUAGCUGUUUGUGCGGGAGAGACCUUGCCAAGUUUGUGAGGCCCAAGGCUUUCUUGUGGGAGGACACAGGGCUGUCUUCAUGCUCUUUGGCAAUGAUUAAAGUGAGAAUGAAGACUGCAAAUGGGGAUUACCGAAAAGAACAUAGAGAAAGGAGUCGUAGUCCAAUAGAACGGGCUGUCGCGCCAACAAUGGGCCUUCAUGCUAAUCACAUAUAUGCCUCAAUCCCAAGCUUAAGCAUGGAGCAACCUCUAGCACUGACCAAAAACAGCAUGGAUGCUAUUCGGUCCAUAAGCAUGACUCCUACAAUGACAUCAGUGGAACGGCAGCAGAACCGUCCAUCUGUAAUCACAUGUGCCUCUGCAAGCAAUCGUAACUGUAACCUGUCUCAUUGUCCAAUUGCUCACAGUGGAUGUGGUGCUGCUAUGCCAACCAGUUACCGAAGACCAUCUAGCACUACUGCUGCCUGUGAUCCAGUGGUAGAAGAACACUUCCGCAGAAGCCUUGGCAAGAAUUACAAGGAGCCGGAGCCAGUGACAAACUCUGUAUCCAUCACAGGAUCAGUCGAUGACCACUUUGCCAAAGCUCUUGGAGAUACCUGGCUUCAGAUUAAAGCUGCGAAGGAUGGUGUGUCCAAUAGUCCUGAGUCUGCUUCCAGGAGGGGCCAAUCCUCUUCUCCUCCUUCCUCCCAUCUGGUCAAUCAUAAUCAUUCACCUUCGGUUGUCUCAUGAACACGGGACCACAAUUUCUUCAUCCAAACAUGAGUUGGUAUUGUUUUGGCUGAGCUUGAACAGUGCUCAAAACAAAAAGUGUUUGGGAGGGAUGAUAUAAAAGGAGAUAAGGAUUCAAUACAUGUUUUGUGUGUGUUUGCUUGGGCUUUUUAAAAAAAAUACACAUGCCCUUAAAAUUGAUAGCAGGAACUAUUUGAUUUUUAAAAUAUUUUUUUAAUAAUGUAGCACUCUUUUUUUCCUGCCUCAGUUACCAAAGAAACCUCUGAUGCAACUCUGCUGCCCCCUUUUCUAAAAAUGAAAUAUAGACACAAGUAAAUGGGGAAAAAAAAAGAAAAAAAAAGCCAUUCUGUACAGUUCAUUGUCCUAAAUGCUUGUAUGCUUUGAUUAGCUUCUUGAGGGUAGAAUUGUGUCUGGAUUUUGUCUCCAUUACUUUCUUCUCCCUUUGUGAAGUAAUUUUGUAUGUAUAUACUUGAAAAGAACUGUCAUGUAUGAUUUGCACUAUUGGAGGAGGUCUAGAGUUGCAUAGCAACUUUAUGCACGAUGCUUCUAUUCUGAGGGCAAACUGCUUGGCAAAAGUGUCUGGUGUCUCUGCCUCUUGAAAACAAGAAGCAACAUUUGUUUAGGAAGGGGAAGUCUCAUACAGGUUAUAGGUCUUCUCGGUGUAGAUUUCAGGUGCUUCGUGCUUGCAACUGGACUGCAUAAUCAACAGAACAUGGGCAUUUAAUUUUUUUUCACACUGCAGUUUGUUAGAAUAGAGCUGAGGUCAGAGGGUUCAAUAGUGCUUAAAGAUGCAUGUUUUAUGGAAAAAUAGCUGGUAUCUAUUAAUGUAUAGACAGUAAGAAAUAUACUUAUUAGCCUUUGUUGAGAACUAGUUGUUUUUUUUUUCCAGUAACAGUCCUAGAUAAACUUACUGCUGGUACAGUUGUACUCUGAUACUUGUAUUUGAUAUUCAUUUUUGUAGCAGCCAGCAACCUUGGACAGUCGCCUCUGGUCAGGCCUCAACUGAAGCAGUUUAUAUAUCAUUGAGUGCUGUGAGAUACAGGAUGCUACUAUGGCAUUCAUGACAAAAGAAACCAUUUUCAUGUGGAGAAUCAACUGCUCAAUGUAAACUUACGUACUAAAAUUAAAUAUAUUUAUCUGUGUGCGCUCUAGUUGCAGAAAUUAUCUUGUUAAAUAUUUUGCCUGAACAUCAGAUUGCAUUUCAGAAUCUAAUUUUUGAGGCUGCUUAUAAACCUAGGCCAAGGCACCAUACAUUCCUCUAUUUUUUUUAUAAAGGUGUUACUUGCAUUUAUUUCAUUUGCUGUAUUAAUAGUCACUAACUAGGUAAUAGAGGCAGGCAUAAAGAAUAGACUUCUUUUAGUAGUAAUGGGCUCAGCUGUUUUUUUUUUUUAAA